AAUCAAGCCACGUAGUGUCCCCUAAAGCACCAAGUUAACCUGUGGUGUAGGAAUGAUACUGAGGCCAUAAUUAUUUUGAUGCUGAGGCACUCGUUUUGGUUGACCCUGUAUCGACACGUUUGGCUGCCGGGAGCUCUGGCACCUUGAAAACGCUUCCACUUGACGACCCCCCGACCUGUGUGAAGCUGCCACCCUUGAACCAGCGGUCCUCCUCGGCUUUGCGCUUCUUGCUGAGCUCUGCCUGCAUCUUGGGGUCAACAAGCUCCAGACCUUGGACGGGUGUGAAUGACAAAGACGAUGCUGUGCCGGUUGCUGAACCGAUGGUGCUGCCAACUCCCGAGGCUCGUAAGCCGCGUCCUCGUAGAUCAAUGUUAGAUGCUUGGCCAAAGCCACCGAUAGACGACGCAGCACCACCCACGGUGCUGUUUCCGCCCCAGCCCUUGUUUUUGGCACUGAGCUUUGCGCGUGUGCGCUGGUCGAUCUGGGUACUGCGAAUGCGGCCGUCGUUGGACUGACCAAUCAUUCCCAUACCAACAGUUGACUCGCCAGUGCCAUAUCCAACCUCCCUCUCCUCCUUGCCAAAUGCCAUGCGGUUUUGUUGCUUGCGAAGAUCAGUCAUAGCGAGAGCCUCCUUAGCCUUGCGAGCGCGUCGUCCACCUCGCUUGCGGGAUGGCUUGUCGUCUGGCACAGGGAGCGCACGCUGUCCUUUGUUGGGAGGUGGCUCUGUCAGUUUCUCAAGGCGUUCAAGACAAGCUGAUUUGAGCUCCUCUCCUGUGGAUCCGUCAGGACUGGAGUGUGUGCGAUCAACCCGGGCAGCCAGAACUAGCUUGGCUGACACGAUUCUCAAGGCUUGCUUCUUCAAGUCGCUGGGAAUGCCUCGGAUCAUCUCCGAGUUGUAAAGGUAGCCCUGCUGCCGAACACCUAUAUUCGUAGCAAGCCCCGAGUGCUUCUUCUUGGAUCCCCAAGAGGCGAUGUUGCAAGCAGGCGUCUUGGAGAGACCUGUCAGUCCGCCUGCCGCGUUGAGGAGUUGGGCGGCCGUGAGAGAACCAACAAGGGCUGUCAGGUUUGGCGCAAAAAUGUUCAUGCGCGACUGCACGUACUCGGCGAGAGUCUGCUUGGCCUUGUUGAGGGCAAUAACCAUAUCGCAUGCCUUGUAGACGCGCUGAAGCUCUUCGGGUGUCAUCUCGUGGCCCUUUGACGUGGUGGCCUCCACCGUCACUAUCAUGAGUGACGGCCCAUCAAGGACGGACUUGAGGGUUAUUCCAAGCGGGUUGUCAGUCGAAGUCUGCAGGGCCUUGAUACUCUCCGAAUCCAACGGGCCAUUUCCGAUGAUGGCAACGACCUUGGCAUAUUCGAGCGGCGUCGUGACAAGUCGCUCGAGCUCAGGAAACCUUGUCGAGUAGUGGUCGCGAAUGAACUUAUGAACGAGUACAACCUCGCCAUCGAUCUGGGUUGAAAGACUGUUGGACUGCGUCAGAAGAUGAUACUCGGGAUGAUCUUCGAUGUUUCCGACGUUGGUAUUCUGGGUCGCGGCUUGCGAUCGGUAAUGUGCGAUUCUCUGUAGCGUCCGAGGCAAUACGUCAGGGCUAUCCGUCAAAAGAACUGAUGUAAACGAAUCGUCCAUCAAGAUGCGACCGUUGAUGCGGCUCGGGUUGAAGGGGGCAGUACUAACCUCGAGAACUGGUUCAAGCGUUUGCAUAAGGCUGGCAACGCUUCUCACAUCCUUUACUCCUCCAAGCUGCAUCUUCUCGACCUUUACUUUUGUUGCUUCGGAGUCUUCUCUGUCGUUCAAUCCAUCAUCCGAAUCUUCGUCGUCCCUCGUCUCAGCGUCGCCAUCCAGCUCCAUGGCGUCACGGUUGCCGGUUGCCUCUUCAUCCUUGAUGAGGCCAUCAUUCAGCUCUUCUUCGGCCUCAUCGCCUGAGCUUCCAAAAUCGUUGAGGAGAUCGUCUGCGACAGUCGACAUAGUGGCGUCGUGUAUAGGAAGGAUGGUAUGAAUGAGUAAAGGUGAUUGUCGCGAAAUAGUUUGUGGAGUAGGUAAUUUGUCUUGACUAUAAAUACUUCCGCUUCUAGGCUGCGAGGCUACUGAGCGCCACAUAAAUAAAGUGGAACUCUCUGUCACAUUGAAUCAUAAUUGGUUGGCUGCCCACACACUUUUGCGCCUUGCUCUGUCGCGUCGCUGUUGACUCUCAACUCUAUUUCAUCACCUUGACUCUCCUUUUCAUCUAAAUUUUGCUUCACACCAAGAAUAAUCGCCAUCAUCAACUUGAGCCCUCGAAAGUUGGCGAUCGUACGAUGGAGUCGUCCAGAGGGCCACCGAGGGUGAAGAACAAGGCCGCCGCGCCUGUUCAAAUCAGUGCCGAACAGCUUUUAAGAGAAGCUGUCGACCGUCAAGAAGUUGGAGUGCAGGCCCCCACUCAACGAUUUGCUGAUUUGGAAGAACUUCACGAGUUUCAAGGACGGAAGAGAAAAGAGUUCGAGGACUAUGUGCGACGCAAUCGACUCAACCUCAACAACUGGUUGCGAUAUGCUCAGUGGGAGUUGGAGCAGAAGGAAUUUGCCCGCGCCCGGUCCGUCUUUGAGCGCGCACUCGACGCACAUCCCAACAAUGUUCAGCUAUGGAUUCGGUAUAUCGAGUCGGAGAUGAAGGCGAGGAACAUCAACCACGCGCGAAACCUCCUGGAUCGUGCCGUCGCUCGCUUACCGCGCGUUGACAAGCUCUGGUACAAAUAUGUCUACAUGGAGGAGAUGCUGGGCAAUAUUCCUGGAACGCGGCAAGUAUUUGAUCGAUGGAUGCAAUGGCAGCCAGACGAGGCAGCAUGGAGCUCGUACAUAAAGCUUGAGAAGCGGUACGGCGAAUUCGAGCGAGCAAGAGAAAUCUUUCGGACCUUUACCAUGAUUCACCCUGAACCCCGGAAUUGGAUCAAGUGGGCCAAGUUUGAGGAGGAGUUCGGUACUAGCGACCAAGUGCGGGAAGUCUUUGGGGAGGCCGUGGAGGCAUUGGGAGAUGACUUCGUCGAUGAGAAAUUGUUUAUCGCCUAUGCUCGUUUCGAAGCUAAGCUAAAAGAGUAUGAGCGUGCUCGUGCGAUAUACAAGUAUGCCCUGGACCGACUACCAAGAUCGAGGUCAAUGAUUUUACACAAGGCAUACACAACAUUCGAGAAACAAUUUGGCGAUAAGGACGGAGUGGAAGAUGUUGUGCUGUCCAAGAGGAGAGUAUAUUACGAGGAGCUUAUCAAAGAGAACCCGAAGAACUACGACGCCUGGUUCGACUACGCAAAGCUCGAAGAGACUUCACAGGACUCUGACAGAAUUCGAGAUAUAUACGAGAGGGCUGUUGCUCAGGUUCCACCGACACUGGAGAAGCGGCACUGGAGGCGAUACAUCUAUCUCUGGAUCUUCUACGCCAUAUGGGAAGAGAUGGAGGGACAGGAUGUUGAGCGGACACGGCAGAUUUACAACACCUGCUUGGGUCUGAUCCCACACAAGAGGUUCACGUUUGCCAAAAUCUGGCUCAUGGCGGCGCAUUUCGAGAUCAGACAGGGUGAACUUACCGCAGCGCGAAAACUCCUUGGACGCGCGAUUGGCAUGUGCCCAAAGGACAAAAUCUUUAACGGUUACGUUGACCUUGAACGCAAACUAUUCGAGUUCGUGCGGUGUCGCACUCUGUAUGAGAAGCACAUCGAAUACAACCCGGCAAAUUGUCAGACAUGGAUCAAGUUUGCUGAGCUUGAGCGCGGUCUGGAUGAUCUGGACCGCACACGCGCCAUCUUUGAGCUUGCUGUCCAGCAACAACAGCUCGACAUGCCCGAGCUUCUAUGGAAGGCGUACAUUGAUUUCGAGGAGGAGGAAGGUGAAUACGAGCGCACGCGAGAUCUUUACGAGCGCCUACUUGAAAAGACGGACCACGUCAAGGUCUGGAUCAGUUACGCGCACUUUGAGAUCAACAUUCCCGAAGAUGAAGAGGAGGAGGGUGAUGAGGAACAGCCAGUCAGCGAAGAGGCCAAGGAGCGAGCACGCAAAGUAUUCAAGCGAGCGCACAGGAGUAUGCGAGACCGAGAUCUCAAGGAAGAGUGCGUUUCGCUACUCAACGCCUGGUUAUCAUUCGAGCGCACACACGGCUCAGCGGAGGACGUGGAGGCUGUGCAGAAACAAAUGCCACGCAAGACGAAGCGCCGGAGAAAGCUCGACGACGACUCGUGGGAGGAAUACAUCGACUAUGUCUUCCCUGCCGAUGACAAGCAGGCUGCCGACGUGUCCAAUCUUCUGGCCAUGGCACAGAGCUGGAAACAACAGGCGGGUGGAGGUCUUGGCGCAUGAGGCUGAGCCUGAGUAUGAGCAUUCAGUCACUGCUACCAGGGUCAGGAUACCACAGCUGGUCUACAGUGCUGUGUCCUAUAGAGAGUAAUGAGCAUUUAUCACGAUAUCAACUGAGGCGUCAGUUUUUGUAUCCAAUCGCGAGAAUAUGCACCACCACCACCACCACACAACACAGGACUCCAUGGUGUGGGGGAGCAGAAGCCUCUUGUCCUUGCGUGAAAGCAAUUAACUUUAUCUCCUCUACUUCCACUUGGCUUGGGCUGCGUACCUUAAAACCACCUCGUGAUCGAACAACCUCAGCUGUUUGGCCGAGCUGUCAAUGAAGUGGAUACUUGAUAAGUGACGUCAUGGCUUGAUGACGUUUCGGAGCUGAGCCUCAGAUUUAUUAGAAACAAGAAUCUACAUACUAAGCAGGCCAGGGUAUAAGCAUCGUGGGGUUUAUUGGAGUACCUACGGGAUAUCAAACGAUGAGCGACAGGUACAGAACAGGGAUUUGGAAGACUGUAGUGAGAUCAAGGGAGAACAACCCGUUUUUACUUUUGAACCUAAUUGUAGGAAGCCGUUGUCAUUCACAUCACCCAGUAAGAGCCAAAUAUUGUUUCAUCAACACCAAAGACGUAACAGGUUUUAUUAUAAGCCAGAGUCGUUCAUUAUAGGUCAUGAUUCGUCAAGGUAUUCUGGGGGCUGGUAAAUCGAC